CAUUAUUUUGUGGGUAGUUCAAAAUAUAUGGAUUUUAUUAUUAAAUUUGCCAAUGUUUAGAAUCAGUUCUUUUGCAAAAGAAUAGAUUUCCUAAUGCAUAAUAAACUACGUCCAAUACAAUAUUUAUGAUAAUAAUUUCACAAUUCAACAAGUGCAAACAAAAAUGUCUCUAACGGACGCGUACACAGAUGUGGUGGAAUUAUGCGCCCUUCUGCAGUGCCUAGGCUUCAGUGUGAAAUCUCUCGACACCAUCGACCCCAAUGCAAGCCAGGAAGGCGGCGUCAGAACUGUUGUUAUCAACUGUCAAUCAUCAGGUCUUCACGUAGUGCUCGAAAGCGCUUCUUUAUCAUGCUCAUGUCCGGCCACCAACCAGCAGCAGAACAGCGGUGUGUGGCAAGUAUCCGCUACGGCUGGCGGUAAACAACUUGACAAGGAAUUCGGCUGUUCACUUCUUGGAUCGUUGCCGAAAAGCCACAGGGACCGACUUACCAAAGAACUACACGACAUUAUCAGAUGUAUCAAACAACAUAGCGACACAGAAGAACGUAUUAAGGAUAAGGAGACACCAGUGAACAAGUCUGCUAGCAUGCUUGAUUUGAAAACGCCUGAGAAAAUUCACCAUCAGAUAAAACUGGAUACACCGACCAGGUACCGGUCUUUGGAUACGCUCACAAAAGCCACUAAGGAUGAUGUGGAACAAGUUUUGCCAGUUCCUGGAGUUCUACAGAGACCUCAUCUCAAUUCAGAACCUUCAGAUGACGAUAAAGGCGAUCAAUCGAAACAAACAAUGUGCAGAAGACAAAGCACAUACACGCUUUCUUCCACUCCAGGGAGCAUUAGAAGGCGAAAUAAAACAUCAAGCCCAAUAAAACCCCAGCACCUUAAUUUGUUUGAAAACCUGAUGGCCGCAGAGAAAACAGCUGAAGAUCUUCGUAAGCAACUGUCUUGCAUUGUGAGAGAUUUUAUGGAAGAUGGCAAAAAUGACUCCUCUAUGACCUCAUUAGUAUUGGACGUGUCAAAAAUAUCGGUGCUAAAGGCUCCGGAAACUUCGAAGUCCCAGUUCGCGUCAAGCCCAAAUCUAUCCGCGUUAACACUUCAAGAUGAUUUUAUGAAGAACAGAUUGAAACGCUUCGAAAGUGCGUCUACGUCUGAUUUGGCGUCAAACAAAUCCGCGCCAGUGAAAGAAGGCAAGAUGUCGCGCCUACGUCGCAUAUCACCAAACUUCUUCAAAACUAAGAAAGAGGGACCAACAAUUAAAAUUGAUAAAGCCAAGGUUGAAGCUAAAAGCAAUAAAUUGAACAGUUUACUAAGGCCUAAAAUUAUAACCCCAGUGCGCACGCCACGGCAAAACACAGAAUCAAGCCCGAACUUGAGUGCUUCGUCCAAAAAGAAAUUCAGUCAUGUCAAGUCGACCAUACCAAGGCCUUCAAAAAAGGAAUGAUUUUUUAUAGUUACGUUAUAUGAAUGAAAUGAAAUAAAUUAUUGUUUGGUUUACGAAUUAA